AUGUUCGAUAAGGCAACACAACGUCAUAGGGGCUUUGGCUUCAUCACAUUUGACAACGACGAAGUGUCCGACAAAGUCUGUGAGAUUCAUUUUCAUGAAAUCAACGGAAAAAUGGUUGAAUGCAAAAAGGCGCAGCCAAAAGAGGUGAUGCUUCCUGUGCAGUUGAAUAAAUCACGUGCUGCUGCUGCUCGGAAUCUGUAUGGACUACCACCGGAACAAUUGCUUGCAUACGCUACUUAUCUACCUCGAUUUGGGUACGGUAAUCUGCUCUAUCCCAAUAUGACGUCGAGUAAGUUUUCCUAGAU